AUGGGCAGAACGGGGGAGCAGGGCGAGAAGUCCUGCUGCCACAUGAGCACGGCCGGGGUCGGCUGGACGCUGGUGGCCAGCGUGCACGAGAACAACGCGCACGGCAAGUGCACCGUGGGCGACCGCUGGUCCAGCCAGCAGGGCAGCAGCCCGCUGUGGCCCGAAGGCGACGGCGCCUGGGCCGACCACAGCACAUUUGGCUCUGCUGUGGGGGCCACCGCUGACGACUACAAGAACCCGGGUUACUACGACCUCGGUGCCAGGGACGUGGCCGUGUGGCACGUGCCCAACCGGACGCCCAUGGCCGAGUGGCAGUCGCAGGCCCUGCUGCGCUACCGCACACACAACGGCUUCCUCGCCGAGGAGGGUGGCAACCUGCUCCGCCUGUUCCAGAAAUACCCGGUGAAAUACGGAGCUGGGCAGUGCCUGAACGACAACGGUCCCGCCGUGCCCGUGAUCUACGACUUCGGCUCGCCUGAGGUCGCCUCCAGAUAUUAUUCGCCCAAUGGGCAAAAGGAAUUUGUCCCCGGCUUCCUCCAGUUCCGUGUCUUCAACAACGAGAGGGCGGCGAUGGCUCUGUGCCCCGGCAUGAAGGUCACCGGUUGCAACACCGAGCACCACUGCAUUGGUGGAGGCGGGUACUUCCCCGAGUCGAGUCCGCAGCAGUGCGGAGACUUCCCCGGGUACGUCUGGAACGGCUACGGCACCCACACGGCCUGGAGCACCUCCAAGGAGAUCCUCGAGGCUGCCGUGCUGCUCUUCUACCGCUGA